CACGGCACACUUUGAGAUGUGACAGAGAGAAACUGCGGCUCUCCUCCCAUUUGACAUUUUUCAAAUAAAUAUUCUCCUGUUGUUUUUUUCUGUUUUUCUGUUGACUCAUCAAAUAUUUUAGGGCGGCAACUUAAUAUGUGACUUAUAGCAUAUCAUCUGUAAUUGUACAGUUCAGCUCAUAGGAAUACAGAUCAACUCAGAUUAAGUAUUCAAAGUAUUCAUUCCAAAAAGAAUAAAACCUUUUCUCUUAACAUCUUUUUUUCUCAAAGUAAUUGCAUACAGUUGAGGAAGAGUGUGCACCAACAAACUGAAUACCUUUCAAGUGCUAAUUAAAUCAAUCUUCAAAUUGUAUGACAACACAUCUGUAUUUUUCUAGGUUAUUAAACACAUGCACCUCUCACAUGAUGCCAAACUUUGCUUGAGGAAUCAAGCAAACUGCUGAAUGCCAGACACAUUGUUGUGAUUUUUCAAUAUUCACAUUAUAUUCCCAUAAUAUUAAGUGUUCAUAUUCAUAUUCAAUCAUAUUUCAUAGUGCUUUUUGUACUUGACUGAUGCUACUAUUCAAAUAGUCUCACGGUUACAUCAUGUUCUUGUAAGAUAAGCUGUUAUCAGGCUACAUGUUCAUUUUCAUACGUUUUUGUGACACUGAAUAACUCUUAGGUUCUCAGCUUUGUCUGUUCACACCUGAGGACAGUGAGGACAGUUUGCAGUUUGCUGUCUGUUCGGUCUAAUCUUUAUUCUAACAGAGUAUAAACUCUAAAAAAAAGAGUUGGACUGUCUGCAUCAAGCCCUCACGAUGUGCAGUGUUAAAUGCAUGUUCAUUUUCUUCAAUACGCUCUUCUUGGCUUCGGGGGUUGCCCUCAUCACUAUCGGAGUGCUACAGUACUCGACUUACACACAGAUAGGCACUUUUGCAGGGGGCGGCCUGUCGAAAAUUGCUAUAGUCCUCAUUGCAGUGGGUGUCACCAUAGCCCUCAUCUCCCUCUUGGGCCACGUUGGGGCAUUCGUUAAUAAUUCCUCUAUGGUGACUUGUUUCAUCUGCCUCUUGAUAGUGAUCAUCCUUUUGGAGGUAUUCACAGGCGCUGCCUUCUACAUAUUCCGCAGCAGGACUGCCCUCCUGCAGAUGAAUAGCGGUAUCAAUUCCAAAGCACAAGAGGUGAUCAGUGAAUACAGCCCGGGGAACAGACACGCCAUCAACAGAGUUCAGGAAAAGUUUAGCUGCUGUGGUGCAGACAGCUAUGAAGACUGGUCCGAGAGUGUGGGCUGGGAAAACCACGACGCCGUGCCGGAUUCCUGCUGCGUGGUGAAGACAGAGGGCUGUGGACAGGACAAGAGCCUUGCACACAAAAAGGGUUGUACCUGGGCUAUCAAGCUCUUUCUGUUGAAAAACCUGGUGUGGGUUGGUGCUGUCUGCAUUGCUCUUGGAGUUGCAGAGCUUUUUGGAGUGUUAGUCGGGGUGUGCCUGUGUCUGGACAUAAAAGGAAAAAAUUAUGAAAACUUCAGCUGAUGAGCCAUCGUGCCCAUACAAAGUUGUAUUCCUAAAUCAGUGACAGUUUCAGUUUGGUUUUGUUUGUUUCUUUUUUCUUAUUUUUUGCCCAAAUUUAAUCUAUUGUAUUUGCUUCUGGUUUUGACAAAUGGAAAUUGUUUUGUUUAUCAUGGUCUAUGACAAUAAAAAACACCUGUAAAUUUCAUGCUUACCAUGAAUAUGUUCAAUAAAUGUGGGAUACAUGGCAGUAAUGUGGUUGUGUGGUU